GCAUAUACCAGGACCACAACCACAGGGAAACGAUGUUUUCUUAUAGAAGAAUAAGUCAGAGUCAGAUGCAAUAUAUCCGGAUGUACCAGAGGAGGUACGCAAGUACCAAUACAGGUAGAUACGAACAACAACUUUAUAAAGCAAGUGAAAAUGUCAAUACCUUAUUAGAAAAACACGAUAGAUCAUCUUAUAUAUUGGCACAGUAUAUGCCCGAGCCGUGUCGGAAUGCGUUUCUAGCCAUUCGAGCAUUCAACUUGGAGAUCAAUAAGAUUAAUGACGGGGGGAAUAAUGCAGCAUCGGUUGCAUCCAAAGCAUCAAAUCAACUAUCGAGUUCGAUGGGAAUUCUGACAGCGGAUAUGAAAUUCAAAUUCUGGAGUGACUCAUUAUCCAGAGUGUUCACUGACCCAACUUCCGAAAAAGAUAUUGGAGAACCAAUUGCAAUUUUGUUAAGAGAUGCAUUAAGAAAUGACUUAAAUCUUGAUAUUUCACCAUUCCAUCAAUUUUUACAAACAAGAAGACAUUUUUUGAAGUCCAAGCAGUUUCAAACGGUGGAUGAUAUAUGUGCCUAUGGAGAAGGUACCUAUUCACAAUUGAAUUAUCUAACUCAAGGAUUAUUACUAUCUCCAUCGAUAUCCCCAUCAGCCAUUAGUUUAUUGGAACAUUCGACAUCAUUACAGAAUAAAAUCAGUGAUAUCGCAGCACAUAUAGGACAAGCCACUGCCGUCGGAGCCAUGAUCUUGGGAUUGAACUAUUACUCAGGAACAAGAAAUCAAAUCACGCUACCAAUUGAUCUCAUGACAAAACAUGACUUGUCCCAAGAAUCAGUCUUGAGAAUCACCCAAGGUCAUUUGAAAGAUGAAAACGAUAUUAAAGAAGUCAAGGAGAAAAUUCAAAACGUAGUAUAUGAGACUGCAGUCAGUGCUAAUGACCAUAUAUUGGCUGCUAGAGAUAAGCUCGAUAAAUCAAGAAAUGAAAUCAUUCAAGUAGUUAAUGAAAAUAAAAAUGAUAAGCUAAUUCAACUGAACCAUAAAAAAUGGAGGAAAAACUUACCUGAUGUCAUUUUCACCCCCUUCAUGGUGGCAAUCCCAACCACUUUAUACUUACAAAAAUUAGAAAAAUAUGAUUUUGAUGUUUUCCAUCCAAAGUUACAACAGAAAGAAUGGAGAUUGCCGUGGACCUCUUUCAGAAACUACUACCAAAGAAACAUUUGACUGUGCUAUAUAUCCUUAUACAACUGUACAAUUUAUACAACCGACUAUUUAUUCAACCAUAUAAAGCUAGC